AUGUCUUCACCACAGAACCAGAUCACCAGAGGAGCCGACUCUGCCACGGCUGCUGGCCCAAGCUCUCUGCCCGCCUCCGGCCGCAACAACCCUCCCCGAAACAGAGAUCGAAGCCUCUCGGUGUCGUCGUCCACCAUCUCCGCCACCAUGCCUCAGUACACCUCGCGCGAUGUCGGCGACCCGUCGCAGAUCAAGAAGAACAAGCAGUCCAUGGCCGACCUCAAGCUGCGACGCCUGACGGAGCUCAACAACCGCCUGCGCGAGGACCUCGAGAGGGAAAGAAUCCCCGUCUCCCAGGCAUCCAAGAGCAUCAUCGCCUACUGCAACAGCACGAGAGAUUACAUGGUCCCGUCCGUAUGGGGGGCUGUCCCGAGGGGAGAGGACCCUUACGCACCUCAACAGAGCGGUGGUUGCUGUCUGGUCAUGUAG